AAAAAAUAAUAAAUAAAUAUGAAAGGGAAGAAUAUUAACCAAAAGUCGAGAUAAAUUGAAAAUUAUAUACGGAACGAGGGCACAAGGAUAAUGUUUCCGGGAGCGAUGAUGCUAACCGGCGCUGCAACCUUUCUUCACCGGUGUUCUCCGGCGAGGACAGUUUGCUUGGCUUCUCGAACCGACACCGAUCAAUUACGAGAUCAACUCGAUCAGCUUCACUAUGAGGCUUCAAACACCAGAGCUAAAGCUAAUAAAGCAAGGCAGAGGCUGUUGCGGUUGUCUGAAGCAGCAGAGAAACUUCAAAGACAGGCAGCCAUUAGCGUUCAAACUGGAAAAGAAAACGAGGCUAGAGAUCUGCUAUUCCAAAAGAAGAAGACUAUGCAAGCUUUAGAGAAGACAAAAAGUCGAAUCGAGUUGCUUGAUGAACUCUCAACUAAGCUUAUUGAGGCAAUAUCUCUGCGAGAACAGCAGCUUGUUGGGACAGUUGGUCAAGAUGUUGAAAUUGAAACAGAAGAUGAUACAUCUCCAGUUAGGGUUGUAUCUCCACCUUCUGAAAAGGAUUUGCUGAAUUCUACUGAUGAUCAAGAACUGCAAGAUAAAAUCUAUAACAUUCCCACCGAACUUCAAGAUUCUUUGGAAGUUCUUGAUAGUGAUAGUGACCUGAUCAGUAGCUUGACCGAGUUGACUUCUUAUAGAGACUUGUUGGAUCGUAUUGAUCGGCAUCUGAACAAAAUUGAAGCUGACCUUAUGACAGUUGUGAAGUUCUCAAGCUUGAUUCUUGAAAGUGAGAAAAGCCAUGAAAAUGUGAAGGUGAAACAACUGGUGGGAAUUCGUGAUGCUGUUCGGGACCUUAGAAAAAGAAUUGCUAACAUUAUGCAGAAAGAAGCAGAGAUGAAAUGAAUAUGUAUAAUCGUUAUGAUUUUGUUGCAGAAGGUUAGCAUGUGAUUUGUAAAGCCAUUAUCUCAUAGAUGAAAUAAGCAUUUUUAGGCAUAUUCUUCUUCCAAAAACUUUUCUGUGUGAUUACUUCUGGAGAAAUAAAAAAUUUAUGAGUUACAACACCAAUUAUGAUUACAAAUUUGAUUUAGGGUUUUUUUCUUUGAUUUUGAUUUGGGUGUAAUUUUGUUUUAGGUUUG